ACCACACAUUGCUUCUUGCAACGGCAUUGUCGGCAGCUAAUAACAGGGUCGAGGCAGCGGGGAGAUCAGCAGAUCGACCGGCCAUGCAGUUCCGCGUGGCGCCGUCGUCUCGGCGGAGGGCGACGCAGCAGGCGGGCGGCGGCGGCCGGAGGAAGAGGAUGGCGGUGGUGAGGCUCGGUGGCGGCGGCGGCGGGGGGAGGAAGCGGAGGCUCUUUGGCACGCUGCGGCUGAGGUGGCCGUGGCUCGCGGCGGUGUACCGGCGCGCGCUGCGGCGGUUGAGGGCCAGCUACGAGCAGGCCCUGCGCGAGCUCGUCGAGGGCACCGCGCUCGUCGGCGCGCUGCACGCGCCCGCCGGCGUCGACUGCGCCCACGCCGCCUCCUUCGGGCCCAUGGCCACCGUCGGCUUCUGAUGAUGAACUCCGUCCGAUCCUGCACGGCUUCAUGAAUCACGAGCGUUUUACUACUUGCUCACUGAUAUAUGUUGUGUGCGAACGUGCCCAUGUACAUAAACACGUUUAACUGCGUUUCAAUCUAUCUGAAUCUAAACAUUUCUCGG